CGUUUUUAGUUAUUAUUUUGACACCGACUUGAAAGCAUUGUUUCAGCAAAGCCAUUGGGCUGUUGAACUGCGUUAUAAUAAAUCAAACAAGUAAUUGCCAGAAGCCGCUCUUUGGGAAUAAAAUCUAGUUUGAUUGAACAACUAGAGUGAUUGAUUUUCACCUAUACAAGAAGGGAAAAUCUGAUGUGAAUGAUGCAACUCGGCGAGAUUAUGAAUUAUGAUGUUGGCGUUGUGUUGUGUUGAGUGACGUCACCGUCGUGAAAAAUCAUACGAUACUUCGUUCUGAGCGCUGAUUGGUUGUAGCGAACCGUCGUCGCUGAUCGGAUGGUAUUUCCUUACCUUCGCGCAAUUUCGUCUUACCCUCGAACUGCCUGUGUUUUCAUUAUUCCAAUAAGGUUACUGAUGCAACGAAGAAAAGUUCAGAUAAAUAAUUUAGGUGGAAAACAUACUGAAUAAAGUGCAGAAUCAGUGUUACAUUUUGUUUUGAAAUCAUAAGAGAUACUAUGGAUGGCAGAAACGGCUGGGAUAGCUUCCAGCCCGGUGACUCACUAAGGAUGGAUAUUGAGGACAAUGUACUCAAAGGGGACGAACUGGAUAUCAAUUACAUUUCUGAUAUGUAUCAACUAAAUGAAGAAAAACUUAUGAAUAUGGUGGGUGAGGAUUUUCUCAGUCAAUACAGCUGGGAGGAUAACGUUUUGGAUGCUCCAUGUUCUCCAUUGCUGAACUCGCUGAACGAUUCAGGAACAUCGUCACUCGAUAUAAAGCAAGAAGAUUACAGCUUUCUUCAUAGCAGUACUGCAUCUGCAGUACAACAAAAAGAGCAAAAGCAACCAUUCUACAGCAAUUUAGUAUCGAAAGAUCCUAUGAUAUCUGUUAGCAGCCCUGGCACGAAAUCGAAAACCCCCAUUCAACCUGCACCAUCCGCUCCGGUUCCACCAAUCAAGCAGGAACCUAUCUUAAUCCAUCCUCAGCCAGUAACCACAACAGCAGCUCCGAUAUUUUUGACCCAGAGUCGGCCUAACAUAACAGCCAACGGCAGUUCAACAAUUCUACUACAAAACUCGGGUGGUCGUAGUGGUUACUCUUACGUUAAAACUAUUGCUCCGGCCAAUAGCGCUCCUGCGAGCGUCCCUCAGAGCAUUCUACCAGCAAAUGUGCGCGUUCAAAACAUUCUAACUACUAAAACGACGGUAGCGCCAGUCCCAACUACAACGGCGACUGCCAUUCCUGUCAUGCAGCAAGUUUUCACCUUUCAAAGCGGCGAUAAACAGGUUCUGCUCCAGGCAAAUCCUACAGCUGUAAUGACUACCAGCAGUCAGAACAUUCACACCCUGGUGAAUACACCAAACGGUCCAAUUUUGACUGCUGGGAUUCCACUGGUUUUAGACUCAUCAGAAAAUGCCGGAAAAUUACAGAUUAAUCGUCUACAACCGCAAACACACACUUCUUCCUCCAGCAGCUCCGCCAGCAAUCCACAGCCGAAGGUUAAGGAAGUCAAACGGUCCGCUCACAAUGCCAUCGAGCGCCGCUAUCGGACCUCUAUUAACAGCUGUAUAGUUGAACUGAAAAAUAUUGUCGUUGGUGUUGAUGCUAAACUGAACAAAUCUGCCAUCUUGCGCAAGGCAAUCGAUCACAUCCGCCACCUGCAGAAGCAGAACAAUAAUCUCAAGCAGGAAAACAUGUACCUGAAAAUGAAGAUGACUAAUCGGAAGCAAUCACUCAAGGAUCUUCUAGUAGCAAACGUCUCAGAUGAUCUGGUUCCGAUGCAGGGUCCGAUAACGCCUCCCCGAAGCGAUGAGUCCAAUCCUUCGUCCUCGCCCUCGCACCAAUCAGACAACAGCUCGAUGCCUCCGUCUCCUUUCGGGACUGGAUCAUCGACCGGAAGCAGUGCGGCUGGUGCGAUGGAAGAGUCUCUCAAUGAUGAUGAACUCAUGAGUAGUGUACGAGGAAUGUCCGCACAUUCGCGGCUGACUCUAUGUAUGUUUAUGAUGGCGGUUUUGGUUAUCAAUCCCUUCGGCAAUUUUUUGUCUCAACGGGGUGGCGGUCUGGAACUCGAACCCGGAACCAGCAGACGUAUUCUUGCAGUGGAGGAACCUCUCUUUUCUUUCGGCAGCCUUGCUUCCUCGGUUUUAAUAUUCCUGUUCAAUUCCGGACUGCUUGCAUUCACUUUGAUUAAGAUGUUGGUUUAUGGGGAUCCAAUUUUACCUGCUCGGUCCAAAGCUUCAACGGAAUAUUGGAAACAUAAAAAACAAUCGGAUUUAGAUUUCGAACGAGGUAACAUCGCGGCUUCUCUACAAGAAGCAAAACGUUGUCUCGCCGCUUUCGGGGUAUCAAUUCCGAAAAGCCGUCUGGAAACGGUGACCACUACUUGUUGGCAGUUUGUACGAAUGUUUUUACACCGUAUCUACAUUGGGCGGUGGCUAUCUCGACGAACCGGAGGUAUUUUCAAGCCGGAAUCCCAACGCAUGGACGCUCUCAAUUCGGCCAAAGAGUUGGCAUUACUGUUCCACCGCUUGAACCAACUUUACUUGGUGUCUGAUGAGGUUGAGGUCAACGGGCUAAUGAUGUCGCUAUACGCAGUUAAUAUGGCAGAAGCGGCUUCCAGUGUUAUUUCUCCGGAAGAUAUGAUUGAAAUUUAUAUCACGGCUGCCUUGCGCGUUAAGAAAAGUUAUCCGCGUUACAUGCACUACUUCUGUCGCUACUAUCUGGCCAAAGCAAAACAAGUAUACGGAGAAAGUGAUCAGACUCCCGGCAAGUUUGACUGGGCUUUUACGUCGUACGGUUUUCGUUUUCUCACUAAUCAUGCCGUUCAGUUUGAGGACCAUUCGGAAUCGAUGUUUGCCAUGUUGGCCAACAAAGCAGACCCCCUGGAGUAUAUGAUGAGGGAUUAUCGCGAAAAUUUACUGCAAAAGUCCAUCCAGUGUUUGGUCGGCUCCGGUCAGAUCAGUCGCAAACAUGCUAACGCUGCUUUCGUGCAACAAUCACAGAUCGCAGCGACAACUGGAACGCCCGCUGCUAACAACAAAGAUUCCACUAAGGACGAUCAAUCGGAUAAUGGAAAAACUUCGGCGCCGGCUAGUUAUCCAUAUUCUGGCUGUCAAAUCAGCAACGUGCUUCAUUUUACACAACUUUUGCUGGACAGUCUUAGCGUGGAGAAGCAACCAGUAACAUUCGAUCGAUGCAUUCUCAGCGGUAACUGCUGCCAGGAUCGGCUAGCGCACUGGUGGUCAAGCUUACUUAGCAUCGCUGCUCAUUGGUUACUAGGUGAAGAUGCCGAAGCAGAGCGCUUGUAUUUGCACAUUGAAAAUUUACCACCGGAACUGGUUAAGUCAGAGGACACAUUACCAAAGGCUUUAUUUGCGGCCUUCCAAGCGAAACGAGCAUUGCUGAACAAACCGCACUAUGAUUCGAUUGUCGUUUUUCAAAACUGUAACGCUGGAAGCCAAUUUUUGGAGGAUAGUUUGACAACGAACAUCUGCAAAAGUCCAAUGCGAUUGAAAGUGCUCGCCCAGCUGCUGGCAUGUGAUUGGCUACUAGAAGCCCGCACCGGUCUGUGGGAAUCGGAUAACGAAAAGUUUCAGAGCCAAUGUGGGGAGUAUGUCCCGGUGUCUGGUGUCGUACUAGCAAAAUUCCAGAAGGAUCUGAACUCGCUGCGAAUCGUCACUAACGAUAUUCCGAACGCUCAAUCGCGGCUAUUUUUGUAUGAAGCAGUGUGUCGCUUGAUGGCUGGUGCUGCGCCCGGACCAACCCAGCAGCUCCUGGGACAUAGUCUGCGGCCUCGCUACUCUCGAGCAUCGAUUAUUUGCAGCGGUAAGGACCGUAAUGCGCAGCUAGAGGGAGGUCGGGAACGAGCGGCGGCCCUGUAUGUUGCCUGCAAACAUCUUCCGGCACCUUGCCUUUCGGCACCAGGUGAACGGGUCAGUAUGCUGCACGAGGCGGCCAAAACCUUGGAAAAGAUCGGCGAUAAAAAACGACUGCUGGAAUGCUAUCAACUGAUGCGGUCCCUUGGCAGUGGAACUGUUACGAAUUAAAUUCAAACUGCUUAUUAUUAUUCUGCCUUGAUUGGUUUAUUUAUUGUAGACGUGUGUUAAGAAUAAUUUAGAAUAAUGUGAUUAUUUCACCCACUAAGAGCGAAGCUUUUGGCAGAACCUUUUCUUUUUAGCAUUUAGUGUGUAGUAGUAGACUAAGUUGCUGUUGGAUUUAAAUAUUGCCUAAAUACAUUGCAGUAGCCUUGCAACCAAAA